AUUAUGUACGCAGGAACUCCACCCCAUAGUUCAUUUGUUUAGUGACAGGCUUCAAUACCUGAAGAGAGAAAAUGUCUGGGACAGGUGCGCAAAGUAAAAGUAAAACUGAUUCACCAAUGGAGUACAAGAUGGACCACAAGAGGCGAGGCAUGGCACUCAUCUUCAACCAUGAAAAUUUUAAAAACGAAAAAAAAUUAACAAAACGCUGCGGCACAAAUAUAGACAGAGACAACCUCAAAGAAAGAUUUCAAGGCUUAGGGUUUGAAGUGAAUUGUCACAAUGACAAAAGUAAGGCAGAGGUGCUAAAGGAAAUACGUAAAGCUGCCGCAGCCAACCACAAGGAUGCCGACUGCUUCGUCUGCAUUUUCCUAACUCAUGGGGAAGAAGGGAAAAUUAAUGCCUAUGAUGAUAAGAUUAAGAUUAAGGAAAUAACAGAUUACUUCAGAGGAGAUCAGUGCAAGAGCCUUGUAGGGAAGCCCAAGAUCUUCAUCUUCCAGGCGUGCGCUGGUAAAAAACGUGAAGUUGCUGUGACCGGCAUGAUGGCAGGGGACAGUGAUGAUGAGGAACAGGUGGAGGAAGCAGCUAACAUCUACACCAUCCCAGCAGGGGCAGAUUUCCUCAUGUGUUACUCUGUAGCAGAAGGAUUCGUUUCCUUUCGCCUCAUCGAGUCUGGAACAUUCUACAUUCAGGAUUUGUGUGAAACGGUGCAACAGUAUGGCUCAACUAUGGAGUUCACUGAGCUCCUAACACUGGUCAACCUGAAGGUUUCCCGACGUACCGCAGACGGUCAGGAUUUCCGGAAUAAAAAACAGAUGCCCUGCUUCACCUCCAUGCUGACGAAAAGACUCUACUUUAGGUCCAAGAAAGAGUAAAGCACCCACACAGUACAUUACUUUUCACCAUUACUCACUUAAUGAUAAAUAAACAUUAUUGGUCUUAUUUUCCCCUAACAUUUUACAAGGAAGGUAUCAAAAUGUUAUAUAUAUAUAUAUAU